ACCACACGUGAUAUUCACAUCACAAGAAACAAUAAAAGGGCCAAAACCUAAACCACCUUCUUUGGCUAUUCACAUAGCCCUUAUUUCCUUUGUUCCCCUGUUUUCUCUUCAUCGCCACCCAUGGCCGCCGCCGCCGUAUCUACCGCCUCUUCCGCCGCCGUCACCAACAAGUCUCAUCUUUCAUCAUCCCUCGACAAACCCUUUUCCUCUCCAUCCCAAAAGCUCUUAUCUUUAGCCGCUAAAACCCUCCCAAAACCCUAUCACUACCAUCACAGAACUCUCAUCACUGCCGCCUCCAAGAACCCAUUAACUGACGUCGUUUCGUCCAAACCCAACCCGGAUGGCCGUUCUUUUGAUUCCUAUUUCGAUGAUGACGAUAAACCCCGUGAAGAGUGCGGCGUUGUGGGUAUUUACGGUGACUCUGAAGCUUCUCGUCUAUGCUAUUUAGCCCUUCACGCGCUUCAACACCGUGGCCAAGAAGGCGCCGGCAUUGUUUGCGUUAAUGAUAACGUUCUCAAGUCUAUUACAGGUGUUGGGUUGGUUUCUGAUGUGUUUAGUGAAUCGAAACUUGACCAACUCCCUGGCGAUUUGGCUAUUGGUCAUGUAAGGUACUCUACUGCUGGUUCAUCUAUGUUGAAAAAUGUUCAACCUUUUGUUGCUAGUUAUAGAUUUGGGUCAGUUGGUGUUGCCCAUAAUGGGAAUUUAGUGAAUUACAAACAACUUCGUGGUGAGCUUGAAGAGAAUGGCUCAAUUUUCAAUACUAGUUCUGAUACUGAGGUGGUUCUCCAUCUUAUUGCUAUAUCAAAGGCAAGGCCUUUUCUUUUGAGGAUUGUUGAGGCUUGUGAAAAGAUUGAGGGUGCUUAUUCUAUGGUGUUUGCUACUGAGGAUAAGUUGGUUGCUGUUAGGGAUCCUUAUGGAUUUAGGCCAUUGGUUAUGGGUAGGAGAAGUAAUGGUGCUGUCGUUUUUGCGUCGGAGACGUGUGCUUUGGAUUUGAUUGAGGCUACUUAUGAAAGGGAGGUUCUUCCUGGUGAGGUUGUUGUGGUGGAUAAAGAAGGGGUUCAAUCUAUUUGUUUGAUGCCUCAUCCCGAGCGUAAAUCUUGUAUAUUUGAGCAUAUUUACUUUGCCUUGCCUAAUUCAGUGGUGUUUGGAAGGUCUGUGUAUGAGUCUAGGCGUGCUUUCGGGGAAAUUCUAGCUACUGAAGCUCCAGUGGAAUGUGAUGUUGUGAUAGCUGUUCCUGAUUCAGGUGUUGUGGCAGCACUUGGUUAUGCUGCUAAAGCAGGGGUUCCAUUUCAACAAGGUUUGAUAAGGUCGCACUAUGUUGGUAGGACAUUCAUUGAGCCAUCGCAGAAGAUUAGGGAUUUCGGAGUGAAACUCAAGCUCUCACCAGUUAGGGCAGUGUUGGAGGGGAAAAGAGUUGUGGUUGUGGAUGAUUCGAUCGUUAGAGGGACAACCUCGUCCAAGAUUGUGAGGCUGUUAAAGGAGGCAGGGGCAAAAGAAGUUCAUAUGAGAAUUGCAAGCCCUCCGAUUAUAGCUUCUUGUUAUUAUGGAGUGGACACUCCUAGCUCAGAGGAGUUGAUAUCUAACAGAAUGAGUGUGGAGGAGAUUAGGGAGUACAUUGGAUCGGAUUCACUAGCCUUUCUCCCAAUUGAGAGCUUGAAUAAGUUGUUAGGCAGUGAUUCUAAAAGUUAUUGCUAUGCUUGUUUUUCGGGAAACUAUCCCGUCGAGCCAACAGGCAAAGUUAAAAGGAUUGGGGACUUCAUGGAUGAUGGAUUAAGUGGGGAUAUGGACUCCAUUGAUGGUGGUUGGCUACCAGGAAGUAGUAAAGUUCAGAAGAAGACCAUCUUGAAUGAAGUUAGAACCAGUUAAAUUUUACAUGUUGCUUUAGUUUUUGCUUUGGAUUUUUCAUGCUUUAACUAUAGAAAAUUCAAUGCCUUUU